AUGAUAAACCACUUCAAGAAGCAUACAAAAACCCUUUUUCCAUCUUAUUUUCUCGCAAAUUCCCUCACUUUCUCACCAACCAAACAACGCCAAAACCUCACUUUCAAAAGCACUCUUCUUAAUUCCUCUACUUACAGAAGUGUCUCCACCCUCACUCCCAAAAAUACCCAUCUCUAUGCUUCUUUCUUCUGCACUCUCAUUCACCUGUACUUAACCUGUGGUAGGUUCUCCAAGGCAACAGAAGCUUUCUUUACCAUGAGAAAUUUCAAUGUUCCUCUCCUUUUACCCCAAUGGAACGAACUCAUUUUCCAUUUUAAUGCUUCUGGCCUGGUCUCUCAGGUAUGGGUUCUUUAUACACACAUGGUGUCAUGUAGAAUUUUGCCCAAUGUUUUCACUGUCAAUGUGUUGGUUCACUCUUUUUGUAAAGUGGGUAACUUGAGUUCGGCAUUGGAUUUUCUUAGAAAUGUUGAUAUUGAUAGUGAUAAUGUAACAUAUAAUACUGUCAUUUGGGGGUUUUGUGAGCAAGGACUUGCUUAUCAGGCAUUUGGUUUAUUGUCAUUAAUGGUAAAAAAUAAUGUUUGUAUUGAUUCUUUUACAUGUAACAUAUUGGUUAAGGGCUUUUGUAGAAUUGGGAUGGUUGAAUAUGGAGAGUUUGUUAUGGAUAACAUAGGUAAUGGUGGGGCUGGUAAAGACAUUGUAGGGUUUAACACAUUGAUUGAUGGAUAUUGCAAAAUUGGAGAAAUGAAUUAUGCCCUCAAAUUGAUGGAAACGAUGAGGAGUGAAGGUGUACUUCCUGAUAUUGUUAGUUACAACAGUUUAAUUAAUGGGUUUUGUGAAAGGGGUGAUUUUGUCAAGGCUAAAAGUUUGAUUGAUGAGAUUUUAGGGUCUAGGUGGAAAAAAGAUGCUGAUGAUGGGAGUGUGAAUUUGGAGCCGAAUCUCAUUACAUCGACUACACUUAUCAGUGCAUAUUGUAAGCGGCAAGCACUCGAAGAAGCACUUACUUUAUAUGAGGAAAUGGUUACAAAUGGGUAUUUACCAGAUGUAGUUACUUAUAGUUCAAUUAUAAGUGGUCUUUGCAAGCGUGGAAGGUUGGCUGAGGCAAAAAUGCUGUUGAAGGAAAUGGAAAAUAUGGGUGUAGAUCCAAAUCACGUUUCUUAUGCUACUCUGGUUGAUUCUUUAUUCAAAGCAGGGAGUGCCAUGGAAGCUUUUUCUCUUCAAAGCCAAAUGGUAGUUCGCGGUAUUGCCUUUGAUGUAGUUGUGUACACUAACUUGAUGGAUGGGCUUUUCAAGGCUGCAAAGGCCAGCGAGGCAGAGGAAAUUUUCAAGAUGAUUUUAAAGCAUAAUUUGGUUCCUAAUCAUGUCUCCUAUUCAGCAUUGAUUGAUGGCCGCUGCAAGUUAGGAGACAUGACAGGUGUGGAAUCAAUACUAAAAGAAAUGGAGGAGAAACAUGUUAUUCCAAAUGUCAUUACUUAUUCCUCUAUCAUAAAUGGUUAUACGAAAAAAGGAAUGCUUGAUGAAGCAGUAAAUGUUAUGAGGAAAAUGGUGAGUCAAAAUACUAUGCCAAAUGUUUUUAUUUAUGUGACACUAAUUGAUGGCUAUUUCAAGGCUAGUAAACAAGAAAUUGCUCUUGAUCUUUAUAACGAAAUGAAGUCAGUGGGAUUGGAGGAAAACAAUUUUAUAAUUGAUGUUUUUGUGAACAAUUUGAAAAGAAGUGGAAAGAUGGAGGAUGCCAACAGAUUAGUUCUAGAUAUGAAGUCUAAGGGCUUGGUGCCAGAUCAUGUUAACUACACAUCUUUGAUAGAUGGCUUUUUCAAAGCAGGAAAGGAGUCAGCUGCUCUGAACAUGGCCCAAGAGAUGAUGACAAAGAAUAUUCCAUUUGAUGUCAUUUCAUACAAUGUCUUAAUUAAUGGUCUCUUGAGACUUGGCAAAUAUGAAACAAAAUCUGUUUAUUCUGGAAUGAGAGACCUGGGUUUAGCUCCUGACCGUGCUACUUACAACACCAUGAUUAAUGCUUGCUGCAAACAGGGGAACUUGGAAAAUGCUUUUAAACUGUGGAAUGAGAUGAAGCAUAGUGGAAUAAUGCCAAACUCAGUCACUUGUAACAUUCUAGUUUCAGGGCUUUGUGAAGCUGGUGAGAUAGAAAAAGCUUUGAAUAUUCUGAAUGAAAUGUUAGUUGUGGGUUUUUGCCCAAACUCAACUAGUUGUAAGAUUCUUCUUGAUGCAUCAUCCAAAAGUAGAAGGGCUGACAUGAUAUUUCAAAUGCAUGAGCAACUUGUAGGUAUGGGAGUCAAACUCAAUCAAAAAUAUUACAACACUCUUAUUACAAUCUUAUGUAGGCUGGGGAUGACUAGAAAAGCCACUUCAGUGUUAGAAGAUAUGAGAGGAAGAGGAAUAAUGGCAGACAUUAUCACUUACAAUGCCCUUAUACGUGGAUAUUGUGUUAGCAGCCAUCUAGAGAGGGCUUUUGCUAUGUAUUCUCAGAUGAUAAAUGAAGGAGUUUCCCCAAAUACUGCCACUUAUAAUCUCCUUCUAGGUGCUCUUUUGGCGGCUGUUUCAGUGAAAGAAGUGGAAGAUUUGCUUGGUGAAAUGAAGAAAAGAGGCUUGAACCCUAAUGCUUCUACGUAUGAUAUUUUGAUAUCUGGCCAUGCUAAGAUUGGAAAUAAGAAGGAAUCCAUACACAUUUACUGUGAAAUGAUUACCAAAGGCUUUGUACCAAAAACUAGCACCUAUAAUGUGCUGAUUAGUUAUUUUGCCAAGGUGGGAAAGAUGCACCAGGCUAGAGAGCUUAUGAAUGAGAUGCAAGUGAGAGGAAGACCCCCUAAUUCUUCAACUUAUGACAUACUGAUUUGUGGAUGGUGUGAACUAUCUAAAAGGAUUGAACUGGACAGAUCGUUAAUCCUGUCAUAUCGGGCUGAGGCAAAACGACUAGUCAUGGAGAUGAAUGAGAAAGGGUUUGCACCCUGUGAAAGUACUCUUUCUUGUUUCAGUUCUACCUUUGCUAGACCAGGAAAGAGGGUUGAUGCCCAUAGACUUUUACAAGACAUGUUCAGGAGAAAGAAGACAUAAUGGAUGAGUAAAAACAGAAGUAUGGAAACCCUUGUUACUGGAUACCCAGCCACUUGAGCACUUCUGAACCUGUGUUUUGAAGCGUGCAUUUCAAUACUUCAUGGGGAUACGUGGCUCUUAAAUGCUUAGCAUAUGAGCUACACCAUUCCUCUGUGCUAACCUCUUGUAUUUGCUGAAACUCCUGUAUGAGAGGUGAGAAUGUAGUGCUGAGAAAAAUGGUGUUUCCCCACUGGUGAAGAAAAAAACAGGAGUAGUCUGUCCAAUGAUCUCAGUAGAGACCCGUCAAUUAGAUCAUGUGCUACCUGCACUUUUCUUUAGAUUCUGAAUAGAGUCGUUCCUUUUCCAACAGUGCAGCCGUUGCAGUAUGUGAAAGUUUAGCUUCUGCUGUUGGCAUUUGCAUUAUGUUCUAAUUAUGUGAACACAAAAUUUUUUAAAGGCUGUCACUAUGCUUCUUCAGAUAUCAUUGAGGAGGUUGUUAAGUACUAUGUUCAUGAUUUGGGCAUCUGAAAGAUCACAAAGAGAUUUGCAAGAACAUAUGGGUUUUGUUGGAUCAUGUUUUGGUCUUUCCCAUCAAAGCUGCGGGUGAGAAAUGGAGUUUUUGCUCUUGGAAUUGUUUGUCAAUAUUUAUUGAUUGAAAAUCUCAACCUGCAUCUGGAAUAUGUAUUCUGGAUCAUUUAAUAUGAAAUAUGUAAUAAUAUGUGGUGUUCAUACACUAGAUUAUUGUUUAAGUAACAAUUAACAAAUAGAAUUGAUGCUUAGCAAGGAACGUGA